GGACCGCCUGCUCCCCGCCCAGGGCCUGCACAGUUGGCGCCCACCAGCAUCAGCGUGAAGGGAGCUCCUCGCCGGCUGGCGACGGGGCUGCAGGGCUCGCUAGCCGCUCACCUGCGUGUGAGCGCGGAGCCCGCAGUACCCGCCGUCCGGGCUCAGAGGACGUGACUCCCCGACCCUGCGCCCGGCAGUCCCCGGGGGCCAUGCGCCCGGCCCAGGCUCGGAGGUCCAGCCCAGCGGUGGCUCAGGCUGCGCGCCUGGCUCCCAGCCUCAGUUUCCCCAUUGGUAAAGCAUUGACGGUGGUUGCGGACGGCUUCUGCGGACAGAGCCUUGGGCUCCGACGUCUGCGCGGGAGCCAAGCUGCCAUGGCCUACCACAGCUUCCUGGUGGAGCCCAUCAGCUGCCACGCCUGGAACAAGGACCGCACCCAGAUUGCCAUCUGCCCCAACAACCAUGAGGUACAUAUCUAUGAAAAGAGCGGUGCCAAAUGGACCAAGGUGCACGAGCUCAAGGAGCACAACGGGCAGGUGACAGGCAUCGACUGGGCCCCCGAGAGUAACCGUAUUGUGACCUGCGGCACAGACCGCAACGCCUACGUGUGGACGCUGAAGGGCCGCACGUGGAAGCCCACACUGGUCAUCCUGCGGAUCAACCGGGCUGCCCGCUGCGUGCGCUGGGCCCCCAACGAGAACAAGUUUGCUGUGGGCAGCGGCUCUCGUGUGAUCUCCAUCUGUUAUUUCGAGCAGGAGAAUGACUGGUGGGUUUGCAAGCACAUCAAGAAGCCCAUCCGCUCCACCGUCCUCAGCCUGGACUGGCACCCCAACAAUGUGCUGCUGGCUGCCGGCUCCUGUGACUUCAAGUGCCGGAUCUUUUCAGCCUACAUCAAGGAGGUGGAGGAACGGCCGGCACCCACCCCGUGGGGCUCCAAGAUGCCCUUUGGGGAACUGAUGUUCGAAUCCAGCAGUAGCUGCGGCUGGGUACAUGGCGUCUGCUUCUCAGCCAGCGGGAGCCGCGUGGCCUGGGUGAGCCACGACAGCACCGUCUGCCUGGCUGAUGCCGAAAAGAAGAUGGCCGUCGCGACUCUGGCCUCUGAAACACUACCACUGCUGGCGCUGACCUUCAUCACAGACAACAGCCUGGUGGCAGCGGGCCACGACUGCUUCCCGGUGCUGUUCACCUAUGACGCCGCCGCGGGGAUGCUGAGCUUCGGCGGGCGGCUGGACGUUCCUAAGCAGAGCUCGCAGCGUGGCUUGACGGCCCGCGAGCGCUUCCAGAACCUGGACAAGAAGGCGAGCUCCGAGGGUGGCACGGCUGCGGGCGCGGGCCUGGACUCGCUGCACAAGAACAGCGUCAGCCAGAUCUCGGUGCUCAGCGGGGGCAAGGCCAAGUGCUCGCAGUUCUGCACCACUGGCAUGGAUGGCGGCAUGAGUAUCUGGGAUGUGAAGAGCUUGGAGUCAGCCUUGAAGGACCUCAAGAUCAAAUGACCUGUGAGGAAUAUGUUGCCUUCAUCCUAGCUGCUGGGGAAGCGGGGAGAGGGGUCAGGGAGGCUAAUGGUUGCUUUGCUGAAUGUUUCUGGGGUACCAAUAUGAGUUCCCAUAGGGGCUGCUCCCUCAAAAAGGGAGGGGACAGAUGGGGAGCUUUUCCUACCUAUUCAAGGAAUACGUGCCUUUUUCUUAAAUGCUUUCAUUUAUUGAAAAAAAAAAAAAAAAUGCCCCCAAAGCACUAUGCUGGUCAUGAACUGCUUCAAAAUGUGGAGGUAAUAAAAUGCAACUGUGUAAAAAAAAAAAAAAA